AGUGCACAGUGCACGCCGCUGCGCUGUGCACGGAUUUGCAAUACACACGUGCCCUGGUGAAUUUCAUUCGUACUAAUCCGUAGUUUUAAUCAGAGGCAACGACGCUUUCGAUUAAAUUGGGCGAUUUGGCGGAUUCGGAAUUGUGUCAGCAAACCGGGAAUCGCCGGGAAUAUCGUGAUUAAUUCAUAUGAAAAAUUUACAACAAUUCCUUGUUUAAAGUUACGUACAAAAGCAAAUGUAAACGUUUUAUAACCAAAUCUCGAAUUAAACACGUAAUUUAGCGAAAUAACAUGUAUUCGCUGAUACACAAGACCGAAAAUGCUCACGAAGAUAGUAUUUGGACCUGUGCUUGGGGCUGUCCAAAGAAAAAGAAAGAGUUACAACCGGACAAUGAAGAUUCUAGAGAUUCUAUGCGAUCCAAUGACGAAGAUGCUGUAGAAUAUAUUGUGACAGGCUCAGUUGAUGACAAUGUCAAGGUAUGGGAACAGAAGGAUGGUGGUCUAAAACUAAAGCAUAUUUUGUCUGGACAUUCCCUCGGUGUUGUUUCAGUUGCAGUAAGCUCAGACGGAAGCAAAUGUGCUUCGAGUUCUCUGGACUCCAGCCUCAGACUAUGGAAUCUGGAAUCAGGAGAGAAAAUAUCAAGCAUCGAAGUUGGUCCAGUAGAUAUUUGGACUGUGGUAUUUUCACCCGAUGAUCAGUUCAUAGUAUCUGGAAGUCAUGCAGGAAAAAUUCAUAUGUACAGUACAGAGACUGGAAAACAACAACAGACUUUGGAUACACGAGGUGGAAAGUUUACACUCAGUGUUGCUUAUAGUCCUGAUGGAAAAUACAUAGCGAGUGGUGCGAUAGAUGGCAUAAUUAACAUUUUUGAUGUUGCAUAUGGAAAAGUGUUAAGAACGUUGGAAGGACACGCUAUGCCGAUUCGGUCACUAUGUUUUUCACCAGAUUCACAGUUACUGCUAACUGCUUCUGACGACGGUCACAUGAAACUCUACGAUGUGAAAGAUGCAAAUGUAGCUGGCACACUAUCCGGACAUGCAUCAUGGGUCCUUGGUGUAGCUUUUGCUCCGGACGGAAAAAAAUUCGCUUCGAGUAGCUCCGAUCAUACGGUAAAAAUUUGGGAAUUAGCACAACGACAAUGUUUGCACACAUUCAACGAUCACGCAGAUCAAGUAUGGUCCGUGAAGUACCAUCCGUACCGUAACAAUUUGCUGGCUUCAGUCUCCGAAGACAAAUCAAUUAAUUUAUAUGAAUAUCCUUUGUAAUACGAAAGCAUAUUGAAUACAACGACGAAAGCAGAUUUUUUAAACAACAAA